AUUUUUGUCCAAAUUUCGUCGUGCUCGGAUCAGAUUAUUUUUUGGUUAUUCUUAUGGUGAAAAAUAUCAAAUAGUGCAUCCGUAUGUACUCACAAAAAAAGUAUUUUUAUCACAAAAACGGAUAACUACAAAAACUGUGAAACCUAGCACAAGGAAAAAACGAUUAAUCUUAAUUUUGUAACAAAUCAAUCUUUUCGAAUAUGUUACAUUCUUUUGGGGGUGAUUCCGAAUUCAAGGAACGCCUUAUUGGAAACGUAAAAAAAGAAGUGAAACAAUUGAUGGAAGAAGCUGUAACCAAAAAGUACAUACAUGAGGAUAGCAGUUCGGUGACUUCUUUAUGCGCAGCAGUUGAAGCAUGUUUGAGUCAGGGAUUAAAACGACGUGCUCUGGGUCUUUUCAAGACGUCUUCAACAACAGCAUUGCUUCAAAAAAUUGCAAAAAAUUGCCCAGAAGCUGAUUAUAUAAGCCAAAAAGUUCAAGAUAUUGAAAAUGUUGAGCCAAGCAAACGGUCCUCAUCAAGCAGUGACAGCUUGAUUAAGCCACAAAUUCUCAAAAAGUCCAGUAGUAGUUCGGUGACAACUAUCAAUACAAUUCCACCAACUCCAGUUGUUAAAUACCUUUGGAUUCGAUUGGCACUGUACGAAAAGCGCUUGUCAAAAAUAAUUGAACAUUUGGUGAACAACGCAAGUAAUUACUACGAACGAGACGCAUUAGUAUCGAAUCCAGAUUAUGGAUCAAUAUUGAGCUCACUUUUGGUGGGCCCAUGUGCUCUUGAGUUUACGCGGACAAAGACAGUCGAUCAUUAUUGGUCGGAUCCGCAUGCUGAUGAAUUAGUCCAACGGCAUAGAAUAAGCUCAGGAAAUCGAACACCUCCCUCAUGUCAAAGACCUAUAAUUAAUUUUAAAAGAAGUCUUCACGCUAGUUCAGAGGACUGCAGUAGUGGAUCGUUUAAGUCGAGCUCUUCAGCAAGUGCAGCUAAAGAUUAUGUAGAGUCAUUACAUCAGAAUUCUAGAGCAACUCUUCUUUAUGGGAAAAAUAAUGUCAUGGUUCUUCCUAAAGAAAUAGAUGAACCAAUGCCAGGAUAUUUAAGCCUACAUCAAAAUGUUCAAUUUCUGACGAUAAAAUGGACACCGAACCAAUUAAUGAAUGGAUAUAACGAAUCCGAAGGCACUGACAAAAGCUUCUAUUGGGCCUAUGCAUUAAAUAUAAAUGUCGAUGACAUUGUUUACGUUCAUUGCCACCAAAAUCGGGGUGAAGACACUGGUGGUACUAUUAUUCUUGUUGGCCAAGAUGGAGUUCAACGACCUCCAAUUCAUUUUCCCGAAGGUGGUCACAUGCAGGCUUUCCUAAGCUGCUUGGAAACUGGCCUCCUACCACACGGACAACUCGAUCCACCACUAUGGUCACAACGUGGAAUAGGUAAAUUAUUUCCUUGGCCAAAGUUUGGUCAUCGACGGAUUUUACCUUCAGUGAUGGAAUCCUCCGAAGAGACUCCAAUUGAUUAUGUCUUCCGAAUUGUAAGCAAGAGCAACCAUCAGGAGUUCUUGGCUUCACAUCCUAUCCUUGAAAUUGGAAGAACAAGUCCUAGAAGAACCCUACUAAGCAGCUGUUCCACAAAUGGAAGCAGUGAUUGCUCGAGCAAGAGCAUGUCUAUUGACCAAGCUCUUUCUGAAUCUCCAAAGGCUAUUCAUAACCAAACAGCAAGCAUAGAGCUGGUUUGUUCUACUAUGCGUCGGCAGAUAAUUUCUAGAGCUUUUUAUGGAUGGUUGGCAUAUUGUAGGCAUUUGUCCACAGUUCGAACUCAUUUAUCUGGAUUGGUUAAUGGACGGAUAACACCUGACUUGGGUGUGGAUGAGGAAGGCUUGACUAGGGCAAGAUGGGAGGAAUUGCAGGAGGAUGGAGUUAUUACUAAUGAAGCUGAAGUCUAUAGAUUGGUAUACUUUGGUGGUGUUGAACACGAGAUCAGAAAAGAUGUUUGGCCUUAUCUGUUGGGACACUAUAGCUUUGGGACAUCACGGGCAGCACGUCAAAAAUUAGACGAAACCACAAAGCAUUACUAUGAAACUACAAUGAGUGAAUGGUUGGCUGUAGAAGCUAUAGUCCGCCAACGCGACAAAGAAAAGAAUGCUCUUGCCAAAUCAAAACUUAGUUUGGGAAGCGGUGCCAAUAGCGGAAAGAUUACAGAUGAAAUCGAAGCUGAUGUUGACAACGACGUGUUUGAGGAUAAUGAUGAUUCUUCGGAUAUAUCUGAUCCAGGAGAUUAUGCUGAAGACGACCCCCUAGAGCGAAAUGGUAGACCUCAUGUUCAACAAAGCUCAGAUUCAGGAAACGCAGAAGAUGUCGAUGCCAUGAAUAACCAGCCAGAUAGCAAAGAGGAUUCUAAUAAUGAUCCUAAACCUGAACCUGAACAAGAAGGAAUACGUAUCCAGGAAAAUUGUUUCUCCAAUGACGAAGGCCAAGCACAACAAAACAACGCUGAAACAGAUGGAAACCAGGAGGAAGCUGCUGCCAUGAGUAAUCUUUCUAUUCCGAGAUCACCUUCUACAUCCUCAUAUGAAACAGUGGGAAAUGAGUUCACCGACACGGCUGAAAUACCCAAUGUUUUGACACAAACUGAUCAACCAUCGUCAUCGAAUAUUCCAGAGUUCCAUAGUGUAGACGAUAUUCAAGGGCAGCUGAAUGAUGCCAUUGAAGAACCAUGCUCCUUAGAGAAUCAAAUACCAAUUGAUGGUGAAAUCGAUGACAACGAAAUUCUACCCCCGCAUGCGGCUGUGAUUAUUACAGAUGCCUCGAUUGAUGUUGCACAUUUCGAAAAAGAUAUAAGUCCGGAACGAAAAAGAACUCACCUUAUGUCACCCGUCCAUGAAGAUGGAAAUUCUCUUGAUGCUUUGCAAGAACCAAAGUCUGCUUGUGUUUCACCAGCCAGUUCAAAUGGAGGUGUUUAUUCUUGCGAACUUCUUGAAAAUUUUGGCCUGAAUUUGCAUCGUAUAGAAAAGGACGUUCAGCGGUGUGACAGAAAUUAUUGGUAUUUUGCAAAUGAGAAUUUAGACAAACUACGGAAUGUUAUUUCGACAUAUGUAUGGGAACACUUGGAUAUUGGAUAUAUGCAAGGAAUGUGUGAUUUGGUGGCUCCUCUUUUAGUAAUUUUUGAUGAUGAAUCCUUAUCCUACGGUUGUUUUUGUAAGCUUAUGGAACGAAUGGUAGAAAACUUUCCCAAUGGAGGAGCCAUGGAUAUGCAUUUUGCUAAUAUGAGGUCCCUCAUACAAAUUCUGGAUUCCGAAAUGUAUGAUCUCAUGGAUUCUCACGGAGACUAUACUCAUUUUUACUUUUGCUACCGGUGGUUUCUUUUGGAUUUCAAACGAGAACUUAUUUACGACGAUGUUUUUUCAACAUGGGAAGUAAUUUGGGCUGCAAAACAUGUUGCUAGCGCUCAUUUUGUUUUAUUUUUGGCUCUAGCUUUGCUAGAAACAUACCGAGAUAUUAUUUUGUCAAACAGCAUGGAUUUUACAGAUGUUAUAAAAUUUUUCAACGAAAUGGCUGAACGUCACAAUGCGGCAUCAAUUCUGCAAUUGUCCCGUAGUUUAGUUCUGCAGCUUCAAACAAUCAUCGAAAAUAAAUAAAAACAAUUCAACGGCGCAUAAAUAUAUAUAAUAUUAUACAUACAAAUAAUAGUAGAUACGUACAGUCACAAAAAAGUAGGACAGUUUAUACACAGACAAAAAUUAAAGUAAUGUCUUAGAAGACUUGAAGUAGGUAGAAAAAAAAACAAACAUUUAGAAAAUUUAUUAGAAGAAAGUACAACCUUCCAUUUCUUAAAAUGAAUAAAUCAAAACAAUAUUGGUUUUAAUGAAGGAAAUUUAAUACAAAAAGAAGGUAGAAUGGAAAUGGAACUUUUUCUGCCACACAGACUAUAACACAUAUCCAACCCACACACAUAUUAUGUGACUGGAGCCAGAUAUGUCUGAACAAAGAUUUGUUGUUGUUAUGUUCCCCCAAGAAGAAUGAAAUAAAGUGCUGAAGGUCUUGAAAGUCAUUUUGUGUUAAAAAAUGUAAUAUUAGUCAGUUCAAAAAUAUAACAAAUGCUGUAAGAGAUUUAUUGAAAUUGUCAAAAUAAAAAACUUAGACGUACAAAAUGUCCAUUCAAUUUCUUAUAACAAAAUAAAAGGCAGUUAAACGCGGAAGGUAGUUAAGCUCAAAGGAUUUAUAACAUGGUUUUUAUCUUGGAAAUUAAAGGUACUAAUUUUGGUGAGCACCUUAAGCGAGAGGCGGGUUUACUGUAUAGUUAGUUUUUAUAAUGGUUCACUUUAAGAUUCGCGAUCUUAGAUUACAAAUGUGCUACAUCGACAUAUUUCAGUUAAAUGUGUAAUAUUUAUGUGUAGGUACAUACAAAUAAAUACAAAACUUAAAAUCACAACGAAAAAAGUAAUUUCUCACUAAAAAUCCCAAAAAAGUUAACAUUAAUUCAACCAAAUAAUUCCCAAGAAAAUAUAUUUCCUUUCUAUUUACAUAAAAUUAUAAAAAAAAUACAAUCGCAGACUUUUUAAAAUGUAACAAUCAUAUUGCAGUGAACCAAGUUGAAUUUAUUUUUUGAAAGUUUUUGAAUUGAUAAGAAUGUGGAACACUGAAAACCAAUCUAUCCUUAAUUGACGCUGCUAGGCUUUCAGCAGGGAUUUGAUUAUCAACAUUUGACAUUAAAAAGUAUUCACGUUAGUUUUUUCAUAUUUGAGGGCCAAUUUUUGACUACAAACUUCUCCAAAAGUGAUAAACGUCUUAAGCUAUUUGACUGUAAAUAAUUAUGAAUCGCUGGCAGCAUUUUGUUAAUGGGCCAAAUAUAUAUUAAACAUUAAUGAUUUAUAUAAAAAAUAAAAAAAGUUAUGAUCUCCAAUACUUGCACUGAAUUUCAAUUAAAAAGAAAAACUAUCUGGCUUGAGUUUUCCCAAUACAGUACCUUUGUCGUAUACCUGUAAUGAUAUUUUCUUUAAAUUGUAGCUAUUUGUUGUUAAAAUUUGUUCAUAACAAACUUUUAGGUAAAAUAUGAAUACACGAAUUAUAAUGAUAUUAAACUCAAUAUUAUUUUUAAUUAAAAUUCUUAUUUAAUUUUUUAUAAGUAUCAACAUACCUAAAUAAUUAUUAUUACUUUGUUGUAACUUAUAAACAAAUAAAAGAAUAAAACAUAGUAAAUAACUACUUAAGUGAUAAAGAAUUAAAAAAUUAGAGGUUUAGACAUUUAUACUUAAAAAUAUUUUUAAAAAACCGAAGUUGUUAAAAAAGUUUAUAUAUUUACAAAUAAAAAAACAAUAUAUAUAUAUAAAAUUGAGAUAUUUUUAUAAUAAGUUUUAAUAUUAUUUUGUUUCUAAUACAAUUGAUUUCUUUUACAAAAAUAAGACAAAAACGAGCAUACUACAUGAAAAGUUACUUCUAUAAAACUACAUAAGUUUUUAUAGACAGAAAAAACGAUUUAUUUGAAUUUUUUUUACACUGAUUUUAUUCAGUUAUAUUUGAAACAGUGAAUUUUGAGUAAUUAUUGUUAUUGUAAAAUUUAAUUAAGAAACAUUAAUAAGAACAAAUAGCGUGAAUGUCUCAUAAGAUAUUUUAAAAUAAAAAAAAAACAGACAAAAUGGAACAAGCAGAAAAUAAUUUGGAAAGCUUUUAGUAAGCUGGGCACAAACUAGAUAAAUAAAUUAGGUGGCGCAACAGUCCGUUGAGAAUUAGGGUCUAGUGACUUACAAUUCUCAACCAUUCCUGUGUGCGAGACUGUUGUCAGGGAUCGAGAGGACCCAGACUUUUAAGCCGAAUUUGAACGGCUAAUUUGAGAAAGAACUUUUUAUAACAAAAAUUACUCUUGGAGGAUUUGUCAAUUUCUCGCAAGAGGCAGUACCCGUAAAAAAAACUAUAGAUGGCACAGGCACGGGUACAAAUAAGAAAUAUAAA